AUGCUCAAACAUCAGACUGACGGGUCCGCGCUAGGCCCUCAUUACUCGUCCGACGCGGAGAACUUCUUCCAAUCCGACCGCGAUCUAGAGAUUGCACGAGCACGCGAACAGAAGAAAACGCAACUGUCUGGGAAGAAGGCACCCGGGAAUCCUUACCAGCUCACCUCUAAGGUGUUGGCGUUCUCAAUUGUGGAAAACAUUCCUGCAGGGGCGGCCGAGUACGCCUACAUUGCGGAGUCUGGACAUGUUGCGAGGAAGAUAGAGCUGAAGGCAAGAGGGCAUUCCGGGCCGGUAACAACAGUAGCAGUGGUGCACGAUGCUUCGGGAAACGACGUACAAUUGUUCACAGGGUCGUGGGAUAAGACGGUCAAGAAGUGGGAUGUGAAGACAGGCGUUCUCUUAGCGACCUUAGAGGGCCAUUCAGACUUCGUCAAACGAGUGAUCACUUUCCACAAAUGGAUCUUCAGUGCAUCCAGCGACAGCACGAUACGGCAAUGGGACAUUGCGACGGGGGCCUGUGUGCGAGUCUUCAAAGAUCAUAACAGAGCUGUGGAGGAUUUAGUGAUUGCAGAGGACGGCCUCCAUAUAUUCUCUGGGUCGUCUGAUACAUCGAUCAAGAAAUGGAACAUUGCAACUGGACAGGUUGUUGAAAACCUGACUGGGCAUCAAACCUCGGUCUAUGCGUUGCAAAUUGCGGAGGGGUCUCUGUGGUCAGUUUCCGCGGACAAAACGGCAAAACGAUGGGAUCUGGAGACAAACAUAGCAGAUUCGACGUUCGAGCAUCCCGACUUCGUCCGCUCGCUUUGCGUUUUCCCUGGUGGAGCGCACUUGGCUACUGGCUGUCGGGACGAGAAUGUUCGGAUAUGGGACGUCGGCACAGAAAAGUGUGUGAAAGUCCUGACCGGGCAUUUUGGAGAAGUUUCGGAUAUCAAGCUCCGAGGCUCUACACUAUGGACCGCCUCUUUAGAUGGGACGAUACGGAGUUGGGCCAUCACACGUAAGUUCAUAUGGUGCAUUCAGCUCGCUCUGACUUUUGUGAUAAAUCAUGCUUCUAUCAACGUACUAGCGAAAGACCUCGAGAAAGGUGCGAGCACGGCUGAAGAGCCAUUGAAGAUACAAGCGGACGAACAGAUCAUCCCGAAAGCAAAGUCAAAAUGGAAAAAGGAGGUCAAGAUGACGGCAGAGGAGGAACAGGAGCUGGCGGAUUUGAUGGGUGACGAUGAAUAA